AUGAAUCUUAAACAAUUAUCUAAAAACAAUGACUAUGAUAAUAAAAUUAAAACUAGCUUUAAAAUUAAUAUUAGUAAUAAUCAAAAUAAUGAUGCCUUUGACUUUUUUAAUAGUAAUUAUAAUAUAAUUUUACUUGAACAAAUACUUUUAACUAGUAAUAAUAUAGCUAUAAUAAAUAAUAAUUCUUUUAACUUUCUUAAUGGUAGUUGUAAUAUAAUUUUAUCUAAACAAAAAGCAUCUUCAAUCAAUAAUAAUAUAGUUAUAAUAGAUGAUGAGUCUUUUGAUCUGUUUAAUAAUAGUUAUAAUAUAACUUUAUCUGAACAAGCAUCUUCGACUAAUAACAAUCUUGUUAUGAUCAAAAAAGAUAUAUAG